GUUGGAAGCACCGGUAUAUAUAUACGACAACGUGGUGCUGGUCAUAUAGGGGUUGAUGGUGAAAUAGAUUUAUUUUUGUUUUAUAAAGGUAUCUGAUCCAUAUACAAGGUCAUUAAUUUCUUCAACGACAUAAUCUAUCAGGGUAAAGAUGCCAGUGGUUCGCUCGUUGACGAGGGCUGCCAAGCAGUUUGUGCAGAGACCCAUCUGUGGAUGUCAGACCUCAUUCACAUCUGUUCGGUUCAUUGGCUUCUCUCCUCGCCAAGUGACGUCUGAUGCCAGUUUUCAUUCUGUAUCCUUCUCCGAGACCGACAAUCCUCGUGUGCUUAUCACAGGAGGAUUGGGUCAACUUGGAGUUGGUCUUGCAAAAUUGCUGAGAAAACGGUACGGAAAGAAUAAUGUGAUUCUGUCUGACAUCCGUAAACCCCCAGAUAAUGUCUUCUACAGUGGACCAUUCAUCUAUUCUGAUAUUCUGGACUAUAAGAACCUUCGUGAAAUAGUGGUUAACAACCGGAUAACGUGGCUGAUCCAUUACAGUGCGUUACUAAGCGCCGUUGGUGAAGCAAAUGUUCCUCUGGCAAGAGCAGUCAAUAUCACUGGACUGCACAACAUUCUAGAUAUUGCUGCUGAACAUGGACUAAGAUUGUUUGUUCCUAGCACUAUAGGGGCAUUUGGUCCCACUUCACCCAGAAACCCAACUCCUGAUCUGUGCAUUCAGAGACCAAGGACUAUUUAUGGUGUUUCAAAAGUCCAUGCUGAGCUAAUGGGAGAGUAUUACCACUACAGAUAUGGAAUGGACUUCCGAUGCCUCAGGUAUCCUGGAAUAAUUUCUGCAGAUUCUCAGCCAGGAGGAGGAACUACAGAUUAUGCUGUCCAAAUCUUUCAUGAUGCUAUCAAGACAGGGCGAUUUGAAUGCAACUUGAAACCAGACACACGUCUGCCCAUGAUGUAUAUUGAUGAUUGUCUAAGGGCUACAGUAGAGAUUUUGGAAGCUCCAACUGAAGCACUUACCAUGAGGACUUACAACAUUAAUGCAAUGAGCUUCACACCAGAGGAACUUGUUCGGGAAGUUCAGAAGUACAUGCCUGAACUGGAGGUUGUUUACAAAAUGGAUGCUGUCCGGCAGGCUAUUGCUGACAGUUGGCCAAUGAACUUUGAUGAUAACAAUGCUCGGAACGACUGGAGUUGGAAACAUGAAUAUGACCUCCCCGAACUAGUCACGACAAUGUUCAACCACUUGAACCCUGAAACACUGGCCUUGCAAGCAAACUGAGUGUCUGUUACAAAGAGUACACAAUUACUUUAUGUCCAUACUUGUAAAAUUGCAUGUACAUCUAUAGCUCUUGCAGUCAAAUGUGAGCAACAGCACUCUACUGUACAGUAAAUUUCCUAACUAGAGAAUGCCAUACACUGUUCAUAUACUGUAGAUACAUAAUUUAUGGAACAUGGAAACAUUCUUAGCAAUAACAUUGUUAUGUAAGAGCAAUACAUCUUUACUUGAAAAUUAUUUUUUUUUAAAGGGCCAGAGAAACAAAGGUGCUAGACUCUAAUAGUGAUUUGUAUUGAGCAGCAUAUUUUCCUUGCUUGUAGGUGAAAUUUUUAGACUUUUUAAAUAUACAUAAACCAUUUUCAUAUGUCAUUGUAGUCUAUUCACAAACAGGAAGUCGGAAAAUAAUGUGAGGUGAACAGAGUAAAAUCUGAUUAUUUACUUGAAUUGGUUUUGCAUGUAUGUACUAUAGAAACUGUAUCUUCUACUGAGCUUGAGCUGGUACAGGUCUUGGUCAAUGAAUGACAUAUUUUAUGAAUUUUAUUUUUUUAUGGCAAACAAAAUGUAUGAGGUUUAUGUCCAGCUCUGACGAAUCUUAAAAUAUGCUUUGUUGCAAUACAUUUUAUUUUAAUUGUUAAUACUGUUUUUAUGUAUUUUUGUCCUAUAAUGCAUUUGCUGAUGGUGAACAUUCUAAAAAACAUCCAUUCUGUA